AUGUUUAAUCUUUAGAAUGGCUUUGAUUUAGAAUAAGAUAUAGAAUUAAAGGCAGUGUAGAAUGAAGACUUUGAACAAUAAUAUUUGGGACAAUGUCUACGGGAUUCAUAAAAGGAAUAUUAGUUAUUACCUUAAGUUGCUAGCAGAACAUUGAGUGCCAAAAGUUUAGAAGCUAAAUAUUUGCAAAGUCCAAAUUCUUUUCAUUCGAAUUCGGACGAGAACAUUCUGGCUUCAAAUGUUUAAACCCCUAAAUUAGCAGUUUUAUAAACUAGAGAUUCAAGCAGAAGAAGAAGUUAAACAAAUGCUUAAGCAAGUUUUAUGUCUUUAUUUUAUAUUGGAAGAUUUGUAGAGAAAUUGUCAUUCAAUCGCAAAAGAUUGGGUGGUCUAAAUGAAGCUCAUUUUAAUCUAAUUGGGGACAAGGCAUCUGAUGCGUAUAAAAAAUCCUUUAUUCUCUUUAGGCAAAAUUUAUUUACUUAUUCAAAACGAGUUAGUUAAGCUGGAUUUAAUCUAAAGAGAAUGAAAACUCUAUUAGAUAGAGAUGCAGAGGUUAAAGACAGUACUACUCUUGAAUAAGUAAAAGAAGAUUUGAAAAAGUUAAGAAAACCUAUUGUUCAUUGCAUCAAUACAAUAAUCCAUAAAAUUCCAAUCAUUUAACCAGAAUCCCUAUUUAAAAUGUAUUGGGAUUUCUUUACAUCCUUUUUUAGGAUAAUCCUUUUAAUCUUAGUUCCUCUUGAAAUUGCCUUCAAACCUGAAAUUCUUUUUAAUAAUCUUAUUUCAAUCACUUAUGUCAUUUUAAUGAUAUUACAAUUAGAUUUUCUAAUAAGAAUCAAUACUCUAACAUAUAGAAAUGGAAUUGCAAUAAAAGAUAAAUGGGAAUUGGUUAUACAUCAAUUAAAAAAGGAGUUUCUUACUGAUUUUUCGACUUCUUUAAUCUUGAUUAUAUUUAUGAUCAUUCCUGAUAUGAAAACAAAAGCAAAUUUAUUCUUAUUAGUAAUCUUAGCUUAACAUAAAUAUGUUUAUGAAACAUUUGCAAAAAGUGAUUAAAUAUCAUAUUUAACAAGACCAUAAAGAGGUAUAUUCGGAUUAUUGAAAUUCAUCUUAACUCUUCUUUAUAUUUUACAUUUAUUUAGUUGUAUAUGGUUCUACUUUAGUAGUAUUAGUAUUGAAGAUUCUUGGAUUAGAUUUAAUGAAUUGGAAGAUAAAAAUUGGGAAGAAUAAUAUUUAUAAGCUCUGUAUUUUGCAGUUGUAACAAUGUUAACAAUUGGUUAUGGUGACAUGGUACCAAAGAAUGUAAUAGAGAAAAUAGUAACAAUGGUAUUUGUUUUAGGAGCAUGUAAUAAAUAAUAUAUUCUUUUAGGUUUAUGGGUAUCUUAUAGUGUAAAUUUCAUAGGUAGUAUAAUUGAUGAUAUCACAUAAAAUCAAGUAGAAAGAAAUAGAAGAAUGAGAGUCAUAAAUAAAUAUAUGAAUUAGAGAAAAAUACCUUAUAGUUUAUAACAUUAGUAUAAAUAAUUAUUUAAUUUAGGGUUAAAGAAUACUUAACUUUUAGAUGGAAAGAAGAUGAUGAAGUUGAUCUUGAAAUGGAAUAAACUUUAUUAGAGUAAUUAUCAGAUGAAUUAAAAGAAGAACUUGAUAAGUAGGCUCAUAAAGUAUAUAUUGAAAAAUCAGAAUUUCUAUAAAAAUAUUUUAGUGAAGAAUUGAGAAAUGCUCUUUUUAAAUCUAUUAAAAGAAAGAUUAUUCCACCUUAGAAUACAUUUUCAACUGAUUUUGGUAAUUAAUAACAUCUUUGUUUUGUUGAAUAAGGAUAUAUAGUAUAUUAACAUCCAGAAAGAAAACAAAGAUCUAAAAUGAAUGCCGUCAUCAAUCAAGGUUAAUUUUUUUGUGUAAAUGAUUUUAUAACUAAUAAUCCUUAAGUUGAUCUUUUCAAAGCUAUAGGAUAUGCAAGUUUAUUAGUAUUAUCUAAAUCAGAUUUCAUUGAAACAUUAAAAGAUUAUCCUGAAGAUUUUUAGAAAUAUUGUUAAUUAAAAGAUAAUAUAACCUUAAGUUAUGUUCCACCAACAUUAGAAAAUGGAGUAUUUUGUCCAGCUUGCUAGAAUUUUAAACAUCCUCUUAAUAAAUGUCCUUAAGUUUAAUUUGUACCUAAUAGAGAAGCUGUUAUUAAAAGACAUUGUAUGACUGAAAAUUAAAGAUAAAAUAAAUCUUUUCAUCGAUAUGAUAAAUCAAUUUUAGAUUGGCAUACUAGAGCUAUGAAAGAUUUAGCUUGUUAAUAUGCAUCUGUGUUUCAAAAUGAAAAUUAAUAGGCAAUUGCAAUAUAAUCUAAAAUUUAAUUGAAUUUUGAAUGUGGAUCUGAUUCUAAUUCAUCAAUUGAUGAUGCAGCAUCACCUGGAAUUAAGAUUCCAUAAAAUUCUCCUAUUUUUGAGGCAUAAUAAAUCAAAUAAACAAGAAAAAGUAGAAUUGUAUCUGAUUAAUAAUUUUAGAAUAAAACAGAUUCUCGUUAAAAUUUAAAUUUAGCUCUAUAAAAUAGAAAAUAAUCUAUAUUAUCUGGAGGUAUAUCCUUAGGUUUUAGUAAGGGUAAUACUCCAAAAAAUAAAUUAGAGAUUCCUAUGAUUGAUGAGAUUAAAGAGAGUGAUAGUUCAGAGGAUAAUAGUGAAAGUGAAAGUGAUUAAUCAACAUAGAAAUAGAAAAUUAUUGAUUAUAAGAAAUAAUUAGAGAAGAUGGCUUAAGCUACUCAAGAUUUUAAUGAUAAUAUGACAGAUAACAUUACUAAUUUAUAUCAUUAAUUGUAAACUAAUUUAGAAUUGAAUGAAAAUGAUGUUAUGACUAAAAAAGCCUUGUAAUCUUUGGAACCACUUUAUUGGUCAUUUAAUUAAUAAAAAUUUGAUGAAUUUGAAACAAAAUCAUAAUUUGAUUAUUAUUUUAAUAAACAAAAUGCUGAAGAUGUUAUUUUGUAUAUAAAAGAGGAUAUAUUUGGAUGGUAAACACACAUUUUAGAUAAGAUUAGAAAAUUUAUGCUUUAUCCAUUUUAAUAUAUAUUAAAUUUCUUAAGAUUGAGAAGGAAUGCUAAACUUAAAUCAGUUACACCUUUAAAAGUGGUUGCAAAAGUAAAGAGUACUUUAGACAAUUUAAAGAAGACUUUAAAAUUAAAGAAAAAAUCAACUAUAGUUAGAUCAAGUCUAAAAUUUAGUUCUGUUGCUCCAGAUUCCAAUAAAUCUUAAGGGAAAUAAAAGAAAUGGUUAGUUUGA